GCUCUCACCCACCCGCCGGCCUUCUCUCGCCAGCUCCAUGUAUUACGACGAGGACGGGGAUCUCGCCCACGAGUUCUACGAGGAGACAAUCGUCACUAAGAACGGGAGGAAGCGCGCCAAGCUGAAGAGGAUCCACAAGAACCUGAUACCUCAGGGCAUAGUGAAACUAGAGCACCCUCGCAUUCACGUGGAUUUCCCGGUGAUCAUCUGCGAGGUGUGAGUCGCCAGACGUUGCUGCCUGCGGGUGGGAGGCCCUGCCCCACCUCCCCCAGCCUUGCCAGGCGAGGCUGCAUCGUGUUCCCACUCGAGGAGGACUCUGGGCACGCGUCGGGGGCGGUGGCUCUCCCCUCGCCCGGAGGUGAGGCGGGACGGAGUAGGCUGGCUGGGCUUGGCUAGCGCUCCUCGCAGGAGAUGGGUGACCUUGUGCAACAACUGCUUACAAACAUCCUCGCUUGAGUCAGAAGACUAAAAAUACCUUUUGUAGCCUCUAGUUGACUUUUGAUGGGUAACUGGAACUGCAAAUGAGCUGCUGUGUGUGAGCUGUCAAAGGGAGAGCGAGCCUGCACUUCUCACCAGACAAAAUCCCCUGCUUCUCAGGUAUGCAGCCCAGGGAGAGCCAGGGCAAGGUAAUGCACUGUCUGGGGCCCCAAGAUCCCUCGGGCCUGGUGGUUAGAUGGCCAGUGUUGCAGCAUGUCGCUUGACACGAGUGUUAUACGAUGCUCCCCUGGGUGGGUCUGUCGAUGGAGGAUGAAGGCCGAAGGGGGGCCUGGUCUUGAAGCACAUCCAGCUGGCCGCUGCACUCCUCUUGGGAAGGGGAAGGAGAUCAGAUGCUGCUGUCUCGGGCCUCGUUCUCUUUCUCCUGUGCGUUUCCCCGCUUAUGCCAGCUCUGGAGAGGUUGGCUUCGCUGCUGCCCGGGGUCCCUCUGCCUGCAGGAGAUCUCUGCGGUCCAUGGCCACUGCUGGUGGCAGUGAGGUCCCCAGCUCUGCAGCAGACUUGCCUCCCCCAUUAGCAAGCUGGCUCCUGCUGCGUCCCUUGCCCACUGCAGGGCCAGGCUGCUGGGCAAGGCAUCUCCUUGGAACGUCUUCACCCCCCAGUCCUCUCUUGAACGUACCUCGUGGUGGGGUGGGCCUUGAGAGAGCCAAGCAGGAAGGAAAUUAUUUCUUCCCUCCCUGUCCCCCAAAAACAAUCAAUCGGUGUGCCUGCCCCAGCUUGGAAAUCUCCCUGGCGAUGUGAACUACGGUUCCUCCCGCAUCCCAGCUGGCAGCAGGAGAAGAAACGCAAUGCACUUUAAAGGGAGGCAUUCUGCUCUGUCUCGGAAGGUCCUGCUCCUUUCUCCUCUUUCCUCCUGCUUGAGAAGGUCAAGGUCGCCUUGGCAGCACUGAAAAACCUCUCACCCGUGCACACAGGCCCCGGGGUGCCAAGCCUGCUGCUGCAGGGCCGGGAUAAGGCCUGACCCGUGUCCCCACCUUCGCCAGCACUAGGAGCCACUGCCUCCCUGCUCGGCUGCCCCUGGACCGGCCAUGGGGCAGCAGGCACAGCUUUAAACUGGGUCAGAGCCUGCUCCCUGCAGCAGCCAGCUCAACUUUCCUCCUCUUUCGUUCCAGAACUUAUUUACUUUCUAAGCACUUCAGACGUUUGCUACCUCGAUUUUUAAUUUAAGCCGCUGGCACUUGGCUGCCAGCCCUGUCGGUGUCUACGUUGGAUGUAUCCAUGCCCGCGCCCACCAAGAGCCGCCUGGGCAUGGGGCCAAGUUCCCGGCUUCGGGGAGAUAACAGUGGCGUGGCUGUUGCCGUCUUCCUGUCACCACCUCUUCCCUCCGCGUCCCCCCCACCCGCUGUUCCCAUCGACAGGAGCGAGGCACAGAGGGUGAGGAAUGGAGGGUGAAGCGGAUGUGCUGGCUGCCUCCGGGCAGGGAAACAAGGCAGGGCUGGGCAGGGCUCUGGCAGGGAGCUCGUCUACACUGUGAUGCUGGGCGCUUCUUUCAACAUCUUUUGUUCUUCUGCUUGCUUGAAAGAGUCUUGUCUUAAAACAAUCCCCCACUGAAGUGUUUCUUAUUUGCACCACCUGCUCUCGAGUUUGUCCCAAGCCGGAUCUCCCUGGGAAGGGCGUCCCUUGGGCUCUGCAGGAGAGCAGGAGCUGCUGUCCCCAGGAAGAGGAGAGAAAGCCGUGGCCAGGCUGCCUGCACCGUGUUGCUCCACUGCUGUCUGAGGGUGAACCCGCCUUGGGUAUGGGGGAAGGCGGAGGAGGAGUGGGGAGGGGGCCAGUGCCAUUUGCCUGCCCCAACAGGGAGCCCCUCGCCUGGCUACCAGCCAAAAAUCUGCUGACUAGGCAGGGCCCGAACCCUGGGGGGGGCGGGCAGAGACUGAGACUGGCUUAGCAAGGAUGCUUUUGUCCUCCCUGACAGGCAGCCCACCCUUCCCCCAGGGCAUCAAACAUGCUUCCCCAAAAAAACCACGACUUCUCCCACGCCCCCCGUGUCA